AGAGCUUGUAACAUAGUGAUAGCCAGUGUGAGUUUACGUGAUAGAGAGGAGUCUUGGUUGUUGAUCGCUGAGAUUAAUAAUGGAACAAAAAAGAUGUGGUGUUGGAGGUGUGUACAUCAAGUUCAAGCCACACCUGUUGAUGAUCUCAGUACAGUUGGUCUAUUCCAUCUUGUAUUUCAUCACAGAGGCUUCCUUCAUUCAUGGUUUGAAUCCUUACAUCUAUGUAACCUAUCGGAAUAUUUUGGCUGGUCUUGUGCUGUUACCUUUUGCUUACUUUCUUGAGAGAAAAAUAAGGCCGAAGUUGACAAUGGCUCUUUUCUUGGAAAUUUUUGUGCUUUCUUUGUUGGGGAUGAGUUUGAGUCUGAACAUGUACUUUGCUAGCCUGAAAUACACCAAUCCAACCUUUGCGACUGUAUUAUAUAACACCCUAUCAUCCAUUACCUUCAUUAUUGCGGUGAUACUCAGGGUUGAGGUUGUUAAUCUGCGCAAUCCUCGAAGUAUAGCAAAAGUGGUUGGGACUCUGGUCUCUUUGGGAGGGGUAAUGGUCGUGACACUAUACAGAGGGCCUAUAAUAAGAGAUGUAUGGCCCCCUCUGAUUCAUAUUCAUAAAAAUGAUCAUAUCCAUGAGGAGUGGUUCAAGGGAUCGCUCCUUGCAAUUGCGAGCUGUAUAUCAUGGGCUCUCUGGUACAUUAUGCAGGCAUAUAGCUUGAAAAGAUACCCUGCAGAAUUGUCAUUGACUACGUGGAUGUGCCUUGUUGGAGGAGCGCAAUCAGCAGUUUUUACAGUGAUAGUGGAACCUAACUUAUCGGCGUGGACAAUAGGCUUCGAUAUUGACUUGUUGUCCAUAGCAUAUAGCGGAAUUGUGGCCUCGGGUUUGUUUAUUUUCGUUCAACUGUGGUGCACAAAAGAAAAGGGCCCAGUUUUUGUCACUAUGUUCAACCCCCUUCUUACAGUUUUAGUGGCUGUUCUUUCAUACUUCGUUGUCGGCGAUAAACUUCAUCUGGGCUGCAUCGUAGGGGCAAUCGUGGUGGUGAUUGGUCUGUACUUGCUGAUUUGGGGCAAAGAAGAAGAGCAAGAGGGUGAUAUCAACAGUACAAAACAGCGAUUCAAUUGCACUUCUAAUGAUCCCCAAAAGCAGGAAGGGGUUGUUUUAAUGGAGCAAAAAAGAUGUGGUCUUGGGGGUGUGCGGUGCAAGUUCAAGCCACACCUGUUGAUGAUCUUGGUUCAAUUGGGUUAUUCCUUCUUGUAUUUCAUCGCAGAGGCUUCCUUCAAUCAUGGCCUGAAUCCUUACGUGUACGUCACCUAUCGGAAUAUUUUGGCUGGCCUCGUCCUGUUACCUUUUGCAUACUUUCUUGAAAGAAAAAUUAGACCGAAGUUGACAAUGGCUCUUUUCUUGGAAAUUUUUGUGCUUUCUUUGUUGGGGUUAAGUCUGAGCCUAAACAUGUACUUUGCUGGCCUAAAAUACACCAGUCCAACCUUUGUGACUGCAUUAUACAACACCAUAGCUUCCAUUACCUUCGUUAUUGCAGUGAUACUCAGGGUUGAGGUCAUUAACCUGCGGAAUCCUCGCAGCAUAGCAAAAGUAGUUGGGACUGUGGUCUCUUUUGGUGGAGUGAUGAUCGUGACACUAUACAGAGGGCCUAUAAUAAGAAAUGUAUGGCCUCCUCUGAUUCAUAUUCAUAAACAUGAUCAUAUCCAUCAGGAGUGGUUCAAGGGAUCGUUCCUUGUAAUUGCAAGCUGUAUGGCAUGGGCCAUCUGGUACAUUAUGCAGGCAUAUACCUUGAAAAGAUACCCUGCACAAUUGUCAUUGACCACGUGGAUGUGCCUCGUUGGAGGAGCCCAAUCAGCAAUGUUCACAGUGAUAGUAGAACGCAGCAAGUCGGCAUGGACUAUAGGGUUCAAUAUUGACUUGUGGUCCAUAAUAUAUGGCGGAGUAGUGGCGUCGGGUUUGUUAGUUUUCAUUCAACUGUGGUGCACAGAAGAAAAAGGCCCAGUUUUUGUCACCAUGUUUAACCCUCUUCUAACAGUUUUAGUGGCUGUUCUUUCAUACUUCGUCGUCGGCGACAGACUUCAUCUGGGCUGCAUUGUAGGGGCAAUUGUAGUGGUGAUUGGUCUGUACUUGCUGAUCUGGGGUAAAGAAGAAGAGCAAGAGGGUGGCAUCGACAGUACAAAAGAGCCAAUCAAGUGCACUUCAGAUGAUACCCAGAAGACCCAAAAGAAGAACGCGACCGGAACCGAUGAAUUGCCUUAAGAUCUAUGAUACAUGAUUAGAAUUGCAUGUGGUGGUCAGAUUACAAGGAGAAUGACUGGAAAUGAGAGUACUGAGAAAUAAUAAGCGUGUAUGUUUGUUUUGAUGAAAGAUAGUGGCUUUAAUUUACCAGUAGGAUUACCCCGACGAAUCAGUACUGCUCAAAAUAAGGACGAAAGAUUCUCCACAAAAUGAAACCUUUUAAUUUAUUUCAUAUAUUGGACCCUA